AUGUAUGGAAGUGCAAGAACAAUCACCAAUCUGGAAGGUAGCCCUUCCAGAUCUCCUCGUUUGCCAAGAUCUCCUCGUUUGGGCCACCGAAGAACGAGUAGUGGGGGAGGUGGAGGAACAGGCAAGACUCUGUCCAUGGAGAAUAUCCAGUCCCUAAAUGCAGCUUAUGCUACGUCUGGACCCAUGUAUCUGAGUGAUCAUGAAGGAGUGGCUUCUACAACUUACCCAAAGGGCACUAUGACUCUGGGAAGGGCCACAAAUCGAGCUGUAUAUGGAGGUCGAGUCACAGCCAUGGGGAGUAGUCCCAAUAUUGCUUCUGCUGGACUUUCCCACACAGAUGUCCUUUCAUACACAGAUCAACAUGGUGGUCUGACCAGUUCAUCCCAUCAUCACCACCACCAGGUUCCCUCCAUGUUGAGGCAGGUAAGGGAUAGCACAAUGUUAGACCUUCAAGCCCAGCUCAAGGAACUUCAGAGAGAGAAUGACCUCCUCCGGAAAGAGCUAGACAUCAAGGACAGCAAGUUGGGAUCUUCCAUGAACAGUAUCAAGACUUUCUGGAGUCCUGAGCUCAAAAAGGAAAGAGUCUUGAGGAAAGAAGAGGCAGCCCGGAUGUCUGUCCUCAAGGAGCAGAUGAGGGUUUCUCAUGAAGAAAAUCAGCAUCUGCAGUUGACAAUCCAGGCCCUUCAGGAUGAGCUGCGAACCCAGAGAGACCUCAACCACCUCCUGCAGCAAGAGAGUGGCAACCGAGGAGCCGAGCACUUCACUAUUGAGCUGACCGAGGAGAACUUCCGGCGGCUCCAAGCUGAGCAUGACAGGCAGGCUAAGGAGCUGUUCCUGUUGAGGAAGACCUUGGAGGAAAUGGAGCUGAGAAUCGAAACGCAGAAACAGACCCUCAAUGCCCGAGAUGAGUCAAUUAAAAAGCUCCUUGAGAUGUUGCAAAGUAAAGGUUUGCCAUCCAAAAGUCUUGAGGAUGACAAUGAACGGACACGGCGCAUGGCAGAAGCUGAGUCUCAAGUCAGCCACUUAGAAGUGAUUUUAGACCAGAAAGAGAAGGAAAACAUACAUCUUAGGGAGGAAUUGCACCGAAGAAGUCAACUUCAGCCGGAGCCAGCCAAGACGAAGGCUCUCCAGACUGUCAUUGAAAUGAAGGACACAAAAAUCGCUUCAUUGGAGCGAAACAUAAGGGAUCUUGAGGAUGAGAUCCAGAUGUUAAAAGCCAAUGGUGUGCUGAACACUGAGGACCGCGAAGAAGAGAUCAAACAAAUAGAGGUUUACAAAAGUCACUCCAAGUUCAUGAAAACCAAGAUUGAUCAGCUGAAGCAGGAACUUUCAAAGAAGGAGUCAGAACUUCUUGCCUUACAAACAAAGCUUGAAACCCUUAGCAAUCAAAAUUCAGAUUGCAAGCAACACAUUGAAGUGCUUAAAGAGUCGCUUACUGCCAAAGAACAGAGAGCUGCCAUCCUUCAGACUGAGGUAGAUGCAUUGAGAUUACGACUGGAAGAGAAAGAAUCUUUUCUCAAUAAAAAAACAAAACAGCUACAGGACCUCACAGAAGAGAAGGGGACACUGGCUGGAGAAAUUCGCGACAUGAAGGAUAUGUUAGAAGUGAAGGAAAGAAAAAUCAAUGUCCUUCAGAAAAAGAUUGAAAAUUUGCAAGAACAACUUAGGGAUAAAGACAAGCAACUGACCAAUCUGAAGGACAGAGUGAAGUCCUUGCAGACGGAUUCCAGUAACACAGAUACUGCACUAGCAACACUCGAGGAGGCCUUGUCAGAGAAGGAGAGAAUAAUUGAGCGUUUGAAAGAACAGCGGGAGAGAGAUGAUCGGGAAAGGCUAGAAGAGAUAGAAUCCUUCCGAAAAGAGAACAAAGACCUGAAAGAGAAGGUCAAUGCUUUACAAGCCGAACUGACUGAAAAAGAGUCUAGUUUAAUUGACCUCAAGGAACAUGCAUCUUCAUUAGCCUCAGCAGGGCUGAAAAGAGACUCCAAAUUAAAAUCUCUAGAAAUAGCCAUUGAACAAAAGAAGGAAGAAUGUAGCAAAUUGGAAGCACAGUUAAAAAAGCAAGCUGAGCAGUUGUUCAAUCAGAUGUACAACCCAGCUCAUAAUGUUGAAGAUGACUCCAGGAUGAACCCCGAGUUUGCAGACCGAAUAAAACAGCUUGAUAAAGAGGCAUCUUACUACCGUGAUGAGUGUGGCAAGGCCCAAGCAGAAGUCGACCGGUUGCUGGAGAUCCUCAAGGAGGUGGAGAAUGAAAAGAAUGACAAGGACAAGAAGAUUGCAGAACUUGAGAGCUUGACUUUCAGGCACAUGAAGGAUCAGAAUAAGAAGGUGGCCAACCUCAAGCACAAUCAACAGUUGGAAAAGAAGAAGAAUGCCCAGUUACUGGAAGAAGUUCGCAGGCGAGAAGAUAGCAUGGCUGACAACUCGCAGCAUCUACAGAUAGAGGAACUGAUGAAUGCACUGGAGAAGACCAGACAGGAACUGGAUGCCACCAAGGCUCGCCUUGCCUCCACGCAGCAGUCCCUGGCUGAAAAAGAAGCACACUUGGCCAACCUCCGGAUAGAAAGGAGGAAACAGCUGGAGGAGAUCCUGGAGAUGAAACAGGAAGCACUGCUUGCUGCCAUCAGUGAAAAAGAUGCAAACAUUGCCUUGCUGGAAUUGUCUGCCUCCAAAAAGAAAAAGACGCAGGAAGAAGUCAUGGCCCUCAAGCGGGAGAAGGAUCGCCUAGUGCAUCAGUUAAAGCAGCAGACCCAGAACAGAAUGAAGCUGAUGGCAGACAACUACGAUGAGGACCACCACCAUUACCACCACCACCACCAUCAUCACCACCACCGAUCUCCUGGGAGGUCGCAACAUUCCAAUCACAGGCCUUCUCCCGACCAGGAUGACGAGGAGGGCAUAUGGGCAUAGCCGGGCCUGUAAACCAAAGUUC